AUGGCGACAGUAACCUCCAAACAGCGCCUCGCCGUCGCAAUCUGCGAAUUCCUCUCCACCUCGGUCAACGACGGCACCCUCCCCGCCGACGACAAGGACUCCAUCGACGUCGCAAUCCAGUGCAUCGCAGACUCCUUCAAGGUAGACCCCACCGACAAGAAGAUCCUCGCCGAGGCCGUCGGCGCCCAGAACCUCUACCAAGUCUACUCGGUCUACGAAAAGCUCAAAAACACAAACACCUCGGCCGCCCCCGCCCCCGCCGCGGCCUCCGCCUCCAAGACCGUCACCGAAGAGGAUAAAAAGGAGGCCGAGGCCCUAAAGUCAAAGGGCAACGCGGCCAUGGCCUCAAAGGACUACCCCGCCGCCAUCGCCCUCUACACCCAGGCCCUCGCCCUGAACCCGGGCAACGCCGUAUUCCUCUCCAACCGCGCCGCCGCCCACUCCGCCGCCAAGGACCACGAGUCCGCCAAGGCCGACGCCGAAGCCGCCGUCGCCGUCGACCCGGCCUACACGAAAGCCUGGUCCCGCCUCGGCCUCGCCCGCUUCGCCCUGGGCGACGCAAAGGGCGCCAUGGAGGCCUACGGAAAGGGCAUCGAGUUUGAAGGCUCCGGCGGCAGCGAGGCCAUGAAGAAGGGCUUCGAGACGGCCAAGCGCCGCGUCGAGGACAUGCAGGUCGAGGAGCGCGACCUGCCUCGCCAGUCGCCCGGUAUCGGCGGUGGCUUGGGCGGUGGUGCGGGUGGUAUGCCCGAUCUGAGCAGUCUGGCGAGCAUGCUCGGCGGAGGCGGUGGUGCCGGCGGCGCGGGUGGCGCGGGAGGCAUGCCCGAUUUCAGCCAGAUUAUGAACAACCCCAUGUUUGCGAGCAUGGCCCAGAACUUGAUGAGCAACCCCGAAAUGAUGGGCAACCUCAUGAGCAACCCCCGUCUGCGCGAGAUGGCCAACAGCUUCGGCAGCGGUGGUGGCAUGCCUGACCUGAACGCUCUCAUGUCCGACCCCAACAUUGCCGACAUGGCACGCAACAUGAUGGGAGGUGGAGGUGCACCCGGCGGUGCGCCCGGCGGAGGCGCCGGUGCUGGCCGUGGAGGCUCGGCUUAA